AUGCUGCAGAGGCCAGCCCCAGAGGAUGACAGCACAGCCUUGACAGACAUGGCCCCGGGGACGGAGAAGGGGGACUCUGGGAGCACAGCCAGCACCUCGCAGCUUCUGUUCCGGCCGGACGGAGACCAGGUGGCCGCCUACAGGGUGGUGAGCCCUGCCAAGCCCCGGAUCGACUUCAUCCUGGUUUGUGAGGAAGACCCGAGGCUGGGUGGGCAGCAGGACAGUGCUGCCCAGGACAGGACAGACACACACAGGGCCUGGCGGGAGGCCUUCCUGGAUAAGCUUCGUGUGGCUGGGCGGCAUGUGGACCAGCUGUUUGAGAUCCUGGCCAAGACCCCGUACGGCCACGAGAAGAAAGGUCUGUUUGGGAUCCAACAGCUGCUGUCACAGGGCGUCUUCAGGGCAGCCUUUGCCCUGCACGAGGGCCCCUUUACGAUGCCCCCGGAGGGCACGAGGGCCCCGGGCCCCAACCAGCAGCAGGUCCUGUUCUGGCACUGGGCCCGCUGGCGCUCGUGCCACAAGUACUAGCCCCUGGAUCACGUGCGCAGGUGCCCGGGGAGAAGGCGGCUCCACUUCGCCUGGCUCGGGUUCUACACAGGCUGGCUUCUGCCUGCAGCUGUCGUGGGCAUGGUGUUCCUGGUGGGCUGCUUCCUGGUGUUCUCGGACAUACCCAUGCAGGAGCUGUGCGGCAGCGCACACAGCUUCGAGAUGUGCCCGCUCUGCCCACUGCCCCUCUGGACGCUCUCCAGGGUGUGCGCCCUGGUCCAGGCCGGCCGGCUCUUCAACCACGACGGCACCGUCUUCUUCAGCGAGUUCCUGGCGCCGUGGCCCAUGCUGCGCCCGGAAACGGAAGAGCCCACGCUGGACCACCACUGGGGCUGCUCCGACCGUGAGGACAUGGAGAGGCGGCGGCCCCAGUUUGCCGCCUCAGCUCCCACGACAGCCCUGAACCCCUCCGUCACGGGCGUGGAGGAACCCUACUUCCCUGAGAGGAGCUGAGUGAGCCGGGGGUCUGUGCUGGUGCCGAUGAUGGUGGCUGUGGUGGCCAUGUGCCUGGUGUCUGUCGUCUUGUACUGCGCCGCUGCGGCCAUGCUGGUGUCCAGGUCGGACCGCACCCUCCCGGUGGCCUGGCCUCGCCGGCUCAUGGUGAACCCGGGGCUCAUGCUCUCCAAGGCCUACGUGGUCCUGACAAGAUGGGAGAUGCACCGGACGCAGACCAGGUUCGAGGACGCCUUCGCCCUCAAGAUGUUUGUCUUCCAGUUCGUCAGCUUCUUCUCCUCACUCUACAUCGCCUUCUUUAAGGGCAGGUUUGUGGGGUACCCAGGCAGCUACCACACCUUGGGGGUCCGAAAUGAGGAGUGCGCGGCUGGAGGCUGCCGAGUCGAGCUGGCCCAGGAGCUCCUGGUCAUCACGGUGGGCAAGCAAAUCGUCACCAAUAUGCAGGAGACCCUCGUCCCAUGGCUGAAGGGCUGGUGGCAGGAGGUCCAGCUUCGCUCCAAGAAGAGGAAGGUGGGGGCUUCCAUGGUCGCAGGCCAGGCGCCCUGGGAGGCAGACUACGAGCUGCUGCCCUUUGGGGGCCUGUUUGAUGAGUACCUCGAAGUGGUGCUGCAGUUCGGGUUCGUCACCGUCUUCAUGGCUGCCUGCCCACUGGCGCCCCUCUUCGCGCUGCUCAACAACUGGGUGGAGAUCCGCCUGGACGCGCGCAAGUUUGUGUGCGCACGCCGGCACCCGGUGGCCGAGCAAGUGCAGGACGUGGGCAUCUGGUUCCCGAUCCUGGCGGGCAUCACACACCUGGCGGGCAUCAGCAACGCCUCGCUGCUGCCCUUCUCGUCCGACUUCCGGCCGCGCGCCUACUCUUGGGACCGCGCCGGCGACCCGCCCACCUCCACUGCGGAGCACAACCGCACUUGCAGGUAUCAGGCGUUCAGGGAAGACGAUGGGCAGUAUUCCCGGACCGACUGGAACCUUCUGGCCAUCCGCCUGGCCUUUGUCAUUGUGUUUGAGCACGUGGUGUUCUCCAUCGGCCGGGCUGACCUCCUGGUGCCUGACCUCCUGCAGUCCGUGGAAGUCAAGGUGAGACGGGAGCAUGACUUGGCCAAGCAGGCGCUGGCCGAGAAGGAAGCUCUCUUUGGGACAAAUGGAGCAAAGGACAGCCGGCCCCCAGCCUCAGAGGAGAGCCUGGGCCUGCAGCCUGGGCGGCCAGAAGCCAGCCAGGGCCCCCCAGUCCCUCCCCUCUGCGGUCCUGUUGGCAGCUGAGGGGCCUGGAGCCAGACCUACCUGGAAGGCAAAGGCCUCUCAGGGCCCUGA